UACCGAGACACGCCUCCACCGGCCACAAAUUCCGUUACUCGGGGAAAAACGGAUUUGACAACAUGGCGCACUUUCUGGGAAAUAACUUUAGUUAGUUCGCGGCCGGUAGAGUGGGAAUAUCGCAUGAUUGUUCACUUUUUUGAGGUCCAUGAAAACAGAAUGGUUGGAGUUCCUUCCUACUACAUUGUUGUGUGAGAUCGCACUGUUUCUCUGUCCUGUUUGGGAAGCGGACUGCAUGGGAUGAAAGUUUUAAGUUGCUGCCGCUGGGUAUAAAACUAGGACAGGAUGGAGAAACAUCGACCGAAGAAAGAAAGGUUCUCUCUCUUCGGCCCUCGCUCUUCUACCCGAGCCACCAACCCUCCCUCUUCCUCCUCUUCAUCCUCUACCUCUGCUCACCCCAUCCCUCCCCCUCUCUGCCAGACAGACCCUCAUCCUUGCAUCCCUCCCGGGCCUCCUAUCCUUUCUAAGGCAGAGUUUCUGGAGGCAGUACGUCGCAGUAACCAGGCAUGCCAACGGGGGCAGUACAGCCUGGCAGUGCAGCUAUAUGGGGAGGCCCUGUCUGCUGACCCUCAGAACUGCAUCCUGUACAGUAACCGUUCUGCGGCCCUUCUCCACCUGGGACAGUACCAGACCGCCCUGGACGACGCCCUCAAAGCCCGCCUGCUUAACCCCAAAUGGCCCAAGCCUCCCUUCCUCCGGUCGCCAAUCCGCUGCACCCCUGUCGACUUCUGUGUUGAUGGAGCCGUGUCGCAGGAGUGA